CAUUUCGAAGUAGUAGUCUCGCGCAGUGGACCUCGCGAUCAUCAUCGCCGUAGCACAAUCAGCUUAUCGCGGCAUCCGAAUCUCGUAGAUAUGGGUUACGUUCCGAUACGCAAACCUCGUGAAGAGGCUGAUAAAGUUCUCGGCGGCAGAUAUCGGCUGUCAUUUCACGAAGAAGGUAACGAAGAAGGUAUUAGAUUAGUUGUUCGCCAUUGUGUUAGACAUUCGGAUUUGCGUCGAGUUUUAGCGAAAUUUUUCGGAUCGAUGGAAAGUUUAGACACGGUACUGAGGAUGCUGACACCGAGACGAGCGGGGCCUGUGGGCCCCGACGAGAUCGGAAAUGGGCCCGACGACAAGAGUGCGAGCAAUCCUACGAGCGGCUCGGUCACUCCAGGUGGGACUUACGAGAACGGCGACAAUUCUAAGGAAUUUCUGUCGACCGGGAGGACUGGCAGAAGAAACGCGUUACCGGACAUUCUUGGCCGACACGCCGAGACUGGCCUUUCUGAUCUGUCAGAUCGGUUUGAGGAGCUGUCCACAGACACAGAUCAUUCUAGCAGUGGACAAGAUCCAAGCAUACCGGGUACUUCGAAACAGCAUGGCUGACCGUAGGACUUUAUAGCGAAUUUUGCUAUUGUGACAACAUUGAACCUUUCCGAACAUCACCGAUGACGACGAUGAGAACAUGAUGAAAACGCGUACUGUUUCUGUAAACAAAGUUCUCAUGCUUCUUGACUCACAUCGUAAUGACAGAAUGUAUCGAUUGAUGCGUGUAAAUGACAAACCGAAUAUGACUCAUUUUGUUGUCUUUGCGAAAACAUGAUAAAAUUUAAUGAAAAGAAAAAGGAGAUUAAAGUUGAAGGAUUCAAUGCAAGAAUGUAAGAAAAUUGUAACAUUCGCUUUUAACUGCGAGAGAUUGUAUUUUUGAAAAAUCCGUCUAAAAUUCAUUUUGAAUACGGAUUUUAUUACUUUAUUUUGUUAAUUGUUAUUUAGAUAAAUAUUGCAAAUAUUACAAAUUUGAAUGAAUUUACUCGUGCAGUGAAUUUUUCGAUGCACUUUUCUCUUGAAGAAAACCAAUAAUUUUUGCUAUUAAGGUAAGAUUGACUUACAAUUUUUGAAUAAAGAAUAUUGGGCAAGAUUAGUUUUAUUAGACAGAAUAAAUCCUAAUUGCGAAAUAUUAAAAUUAUGGAUCUCAGACUAUAAAAAUGAAAAGUACAAUAUGAUUUAGUAAAUAAUAAAUAUUGAAGAUUUUUUUGUUAAAUAAUAGAAAAUUUUUAUUAUGUACUGUAUAGGAUUUGAUUUAGUAAAUAAAACAAAAGAUUUUAUUUUUUUCUUUCUCUACAAAAUAUAAAAAUUACUAAAUAAAAUUUAAACAGUGUAUUUCAAAUAUUCAGCUUUAUCUCUGUUAAGUAAUUGAAAAUUUUUAUUAUAUAUUUCUGCUUUGAUAAAAUAUUAUCCAUUAAAUUCAACGAAAUAAAAUAUUGAGGCAGUUAAAUUCGCUAAAUGCAUAAUGCUUGAAUUGAUUUUGGCUUUACUGACAAUGAUACUGUUUAAAAACGCAGUAAUAUUGUAUAUAUAUAUAUAUAUAUAUAUAUAUAUAUAUAUAUAUAAUAUAUGUAGAAUAUAUAUAGUGAUUCGAACAAAGUUUCUACUUUUUAAAGUCUUUUUAUUCGAUAUGCGAUCAUUGAUUAUUGAAUACCGCGAGAAAUGAGCCAAUCAAAAACAUGUGCCAUCAAAAAGGUCUCAUUGAACCAGUUUAAACUUUGUGCUAUUAUUAAAUUUUACAAGUUUUGCUCUAUAUAAUGUAGCGAGAAAACUACGUUUUGAAUAAUUGAGAAUGGCAUCGAUAUUGCUAUUAUGAAUGUAAUAUCCGUGAUAAUACGAGUAUUAAUUAUAAGUGAGUACGAAAUACAUUGUAGAAACUGUGCAUCUUUCUUAAAACUUACGUACUCACCUUAUGUAUAACAUCGUUGCAAUAUACGGUAUAUUUUAUCUCAUUAAAUUCCAAAAUUUACUCAUUAACUUAGUUAAACAUUUAAAUUUUAACGAAUGAUGACCUCAUUUGAAAUGUCCUUGAAAUUAAAAGCCAAAGAAAAUUUUAAUAUUUAAUGCGUAGUCGGGAUUUAUCUAUACGCUUUCGAAGUUAGAUAUUUAUCUCUCUAUUAAGAAAUUCUAUCGUAAACUUUUGCAAAACAAGAAAAUACUCGAAGCCCGAUAAAUGAUUGUUACAAUUUCGACGAAUAUAGAAUAUUUUCGCGCGUGAUAUUUCGAGUAAAAUUAAUUCCGAAGAGAGUCACGGUCGUAACUUUUUUUAUACAUUUAUUGCGAAACAUAUUACGAAAGGGCUUGUAAUAUUUAAUUAUGAAAUAUAAUAUUGUCGCGUAAUUUCAUUAACGUUUAACUUGGAAGUACUCGUUAUAUAACGAUUGUCUCUUGUUAACGUUGUACAACUGUAGAAGCGACGUAUGAACUCCGAGAUGUUUCUAAUGGCUGAAACAUAUGACUAGAUAUUUGUACAGAUGGAAUUAAGCGAUUAAUAGCGUGUAAUUGCGCAUGAUAGUGGACAUGUGUACAUACGCAGAGAUAUGGGGGGUGAUAUAUUUCACUCUCAGAGUUUUAGUCGAUACCAUCGUUUCGACGUUGUCCUGGAUUUUUACGAACACGAGCAUGACUAGUGAAUUAAGUCAAUGAAUAAGAUAUGUUUUUAGCGUACUAUUAAGUCUGUCUGUACAUAGGCACGUAUCGCGUUGUAACGUGUAAUCAUAUAGUCCAUGUUCUUAAGGUACAUUUUACACUAAAUAUGAUUGUGUUUGAUUCUCAUCUCGUAUUUGUUUGCGCCUUCGACACAUCUUUUAUGUUGAAGAGUUAAAAAAAAAUAUUAGAAUAAAGUUAUGUUUUAGAAAAUAGCUAAAGAUGAAAUUUAAAGCAUAUGUGAUGAGAAUAGUACGAUCUCUUUAAGUAAAAUAAAAUGGUUUUAGACUUGUCUGUAUCAAAUCUUUGAAAAGGUUGAACCAUCCAUCCUUACGAAUUUAUUGAAAGAAGCAGUUGAGAAAAUGAUCGUAUAACUUAAAAAUCUAUUGCGACGCUGUUUUAACAAGAACUGCUGAUACUAAUUGAAUAAUUGACAUUUACCUGUAAUUAUUAUUUUUUUUUUUUUAUAAGGUCGUAUUUUCAUAUUGCGGCCAUAUUGGAUAAAGCUCUUGAUAAGUACGUUAAGAAUAGUGGAGACACGUGUGAUAGGCAACGAUAUUGAUAAUGAUCUCUCUAAUCAAAAAAAUGCGUAUCGCGCUAUUUGAUUGUAAGUGCGUGCUUUAGUUUAAGAGUCAACACUGCGCGUUAUUUCUUUCCGUGUUUUCACAAAUAGGGGUUCGAGCAUCAAUGAUGUACUAUGUUCUUUUUCACGCGUACCUGUUUUUCAUAGUCAAUAGCGGUAAUUACGCUUUCGAGAUAAUGGCCAUUAUUGUGGAUUUGUAAAUAUAUGUAUUCGAUCUUUAAUGGACUUGAUUCAUUCGAACGAUAGUGAUCAAUGUUUUGUUUUGUUUUAUUUUUUUUUUCUUUUUUUUGACGUGAAAUGAUUCAGAGUAUAUAUAUAUAUAUAUAUAUAUUAACGAUUCAACGCGAUAAUGCGAGGUUGCGCCCCCGCGAUUGCAGAUACAUGCGCCGAUAAAACGGUCUAUGAUAUCGCUGCGAUUAACGUUAAAAAAAUAAUAGAGAUCGAUCGCAACAACAGAAUACGGUUGAGUCGCGUAUUCUCUAUGGCCUUUGUGCGUGAAUGGUGUAGUGUCUCUUGUGUGGACUUGUACGCGCGCGGAGAAGAUUGACACGAUUGUAAAACAAUGUAUACAUUACUUCUACCUGUGGGAACACAAUACAAUUUUGAUUCGUA